AGAGAGAGAGAGAGAGAGAGAGCUUAGGUAUGAGUGUGCCGGCAGUACAAUAUAUCUCUCUGUGCCUCAGCGCUAAAUGCACUUCAUUGGCUUAGUGGACAGCGUGAUCAGAGCAGAGCCGCCGAGCAGAGAGCUGGACUGAACCGCAGGAGAGGAACAUCCCUCUUAUCAAAUGAGUGAAGCAACAUCACUUGUUCCAUUUUUCGUGGGGUUCAUUCUCACUGCGACAGGUGUGCAAGCCACUUGUCCCAUUGAGCUGAGCCCCCCCAGAGUUGUGGUGAGAUAUGGAGACCCGGUCUCAGUGAACUGCAGCACAUCAGUGAGCCAGAACGACGGAAUGGGAUGGGAGGCAAAACAAGGAGGCACUGGUCUAAAGAUGGGUAACCAUUUGACCUGGACUGUGGAGAAGCUGACGGAAUGGACCACCUCUCCCGUCUGCUUCAUAAACCUUCGAAAUAUGAAAGUUCGUCAGUGCUUGAGGAAGCUAGAAAUUGUUAUUUACACGUUCCCAGAAAACAUCUCAAUCAACUCCAGCAGCGACUCCGAUGGUGUGAUGAGAGAAAACGAGCAAUAUAACCUCACAUGUCACAUCCACCAGGUGGCACCUGUGAAAUAUCUCAUUGUCACAUGGUACAAAGGAGAUAGGCCAGGAAGCAAGUUCAUUUUUUACAAUUCAACUGAGAAACCAGUUGAUAAGCUAUCUGUCUUCACAUUUACACCGACUAGACGGGACAAUGGAGUCACAUUCAGAUGCGAGGCAACUAUGGACCUCGGGCCAGAGGGGCCACAACUGAAUGUAUCAUCACAAGAGAUUAAUAUUUCAGUUCACUAUGGACCAGACGUACAAUGUUCUGUCAUUGACAUACUGGAAGGGGAAACUUUGGAGAGUAAGUGUCCUGUGGAAGGAAACCCCACCCCCUCGGUCAGAUGGAUGAAAGAUGGCAAGCUGAUAAACCAGAGCAUCCCUCUGACCAGGCAGAACGCAGGGCUGUACAUUGUUGAGGCCCAAGGUGCUUCCAACCUCACACAAAAAAUCCAGGUUCUGGUGAUAUAUGGACCACAGCUGAGCCCACAGUGUCAAGGCUCUUACACUGCACUGGAGUACACUCCUCUCAACCGGACCUGCACGGCUGAGGGCUAUCCUAAACCUGAGAUAACAUGGUACAAAGAUGGUGGGGAGGUGGAACUUAUAGGGAACCUAACAAGACGUGACGCAGGGCUGUACGAGAUCACAGCUUCAAACAAUCUGUCAAGUGUCAACGUGACAUUGGAGAUUAAUGUCAUAUACCCUCCCUCACUCAUAGUUGAGCUCGAAGACUCUGAAGUUGAGAUUGGUUCUGCUGUGUCCCUGAAAUGCUCCUCCACGGGAAACCCACGGCCAACAUAUAUCUGGAAUUAUUUUCGUGCCGCCAAUGUGAUGGAGGAAAAUGAAGACGGAGUGUCCCUUCUGGUCAUCCACAAUGCCACUGCCUACAACACGGGCUCCUACACGUGUUACGCCUCCAAUAAGGGAGGAAAUGUCUCUAAAACAGCCAGACUCACUGUGAAAGAUGCCACACCAGAAUGCCCUAUCGAAAUUACUCCGCACAGGAUGGUGAUACCAUACCGGGGACCAACCCAGACCGCAGCGUGCAAACCGACAUCCGACGACGGAAAUGUCAAAGGGAUAUACUGGGAAGUGCACGGGAUUAAGAUUCACAAUGAAAAAUGGAGCCCUGACACCCGUGAAGACUGGGACCCGAGGCCUGUUUGUAACGCUACCUUUAAAGGACUAGGAACAUGCCGCAAAGCUGUACACUUCACUCUCUACAAAACCCCAGACAGCGUCUCCAUCCGCCUUGUCCGUAACAGGACCUCAGUGGUGGAGGGCAGUGAGCUCCAGCUGCAGUGUGACAUUAUCAGUGUGGCUCCUGCACAGAACCUUACUGUGCGGUGGUAUCAAGGAAAUGACACCCUCCAACCACUUAUCAGAGGCCCAAUGCGGGUGGCUGGCUGUCGGCCUGAGGACGGAACAAAGUGUGACAUCAGUGUGGUCAGAUCUCCGGUAAAUCUGUCGUCCACCAUCAGCAUCACUGUGAACAGAAAGCACAACGGAGCCGAGUUCAGAUGUGAGGCUCAGAUGGACCUGGGACCCGAGGGACCACAGCCUCCUCCAAACAUGACGUCCGAGCCUCUCAACAUCACCGUCGACUAUAAGCCUGCCAUCAAUACCACAAAGCUUCCAAAGAAGAUCCCAGUGUUCAGAGGUUACCCUGAGGAUCUGGUCUGUGAAGCUGAUGGUCACCCACGUCCAAACAUCCAGUGGAUCUACAGCCCAUACAAAGUGCCCCAUUUGUCCAAAGACACGCUCACUGUGUCUGAAGCAGGCCUCUACAACUGUACCGCCACCAAUGAAAUUGAUUCCACCUUCUAUGUGGUCGAAGUGAUUUUAAAGGAGGACUACCUGCCCCUCAUAGCUGGAUUUGUGGCGGUCACCGUCGUUGCAAUCUCCAUUGUCUUCGUCUUCAUCUACUCGAUCUACUACAAGAACACCAGGAUGCGUCGCUACAGCCUUAAAAACCCCAGACUCAGCACCCACAACGGUAACGUCGCUCACAACGGCUGGGACAUGCAGUUUCCUAUGACUAAACUGUCUUACCUCAUCUGUGCCUGGCCCUUUGCUGUGCCACAACGAACGCUUGUGAGUGCCCACUGUCAAGUUGUGCUCAGCUCCAAAAGCGUUGUGGUGGGAUUUGGACACUCGUUCUCUGUCAACUGCAGCUCACUAUCCAACCAGACAGCUGAGAUGGGCUGGGAGUCUCGACAAGAUCCCAGAGAAUUAACACCAGGGGUCACCUUUCUUACCUUAGAGGUCUCGUCUGUUAAACUAUGGAAACUGUCUCCGCAGUGCUACGUCAAUCUCAAUGAUAAGACUCAGUGCGCAGAACGCCUGCCGGUCACCGUUUACAAAAUGCCAGACAGUGUGUCCAUGCCACAGCCAAGUCAACCGGCUAGUAUGGUGGAGGGCGAAAAGCGUGUCGUGAAGUGUGAUGUUACCAAUGUUGCACCAGUCAGAAACCUCUCUGUACUUUUUCACAAAGGAAAUAAGAUAGUCUCCACUUAUACAUUUAAUGAUUCCAGCCUGGAGCCCGUCAAUGUAUCAUCAGUUUAUGAUCUGAUCGCCCAUAGAGAUGAUAAUGGGUCUCAGAUCUGGUGUGAAGCCAAACUUAACUUCUUGACAACAGGACUACAAGAUACCUCAAUGCGUUCAGAGUCACAAAAAGUGAUCGUACUGUACCCACCAACCUUCGACGAGCCGGAAAAUGAGACGCUGGAAGUUCCAGCUGCUGAUAAAAUAAUUUUAAAUUGCAACGCGAUAGGAAACCCAGCGCUGGUGUACAGUUGGCAUUCCCCACCACCCGUACAACAGACUGACAUGAAUCCAUAUAAGAAUCAACUCAUCUUAACCCGGCCCCUUCAGUUUCCAGGGACCUACAACUGCACAGCAUCUAACCUCCAGGGCACCACGACCAAAUACUUCACCUUAGUCGAAGCUCCAAGGAAUCGAUCAACCUUUGCAGCCAUAGUUGGAGGGUUGGUGUUCCUGGGACUCGUCCUUAUCGUUGCUGGUGUGUAUGUUGUCAAACCUGAUGGCACAUUUUCACUCAACAAAGGCAGCUAUCAACCUACCUCAUCAGGAAUAGUGAGAAUGUAUAUACUUAUUAAUCUUACUUUGGUGUUAUUGUACUAUAUGUUCAAACCCCUCCUGUUGACACAGAUGCUGUGGUGUUUGUGGAUCUACACUUUUGCUGCUAUAAUGUUUAUGAGAUCACUACAUACACAUGAUCGGGCUGUGUGUUUUUCUAGAGGCCGCUGCCACCUGUUAAAUUUCCCUCUUUUCCCUUUUGCCCCCCACCCACAAAGUCAGCUGGGACGACCGGGGCCCUUUUGUUUCGAGCACAGCUCCCUGCAGAGUUGCCAAGCUCAGUUCAAGUUUUCUUUUUCCGCUCACCCCUUUUUUAAUCGACGGCUCAGUGCAGAGAAUAUCAUGGGAAGCUACUUUGUGAGAUGGAUUCUGACGCUUUGCAUGUUUUGCUCAGUGGUGACACUGCUGAUGUGUGUCUCAGUGUCAGGUGAAGGCUGCUCCCUCAUCCUGAAGCCCUCCAGGGUCGUGGUGGGCUUCGGGGAGCCGGUGACGGUCAGCUGUGAGGCCGCCCGCCCAGUGCGUGUCCUGGGCUGGGAGUCGGCCAUCAGCGCCUCACACACCCAGCAGGACCUUUCCAUCCAGUGGAAGGUAGACAGUCUCAUUGACUGGAUAGAGGAGCCCAUCUGCUAUGGGGUGUUUUUCACAGCUCCCAGACAAUGUGAGGAGAAACUCAACCUCGUCCUCUACAAAACCCCGGAUCGUGUUUCCAUCCGGCCUGUGAACCAUACGGGCCCCAUGGUGGAGGGAAAGGAGUACCAGCUGCUCUGCGAGGUUCAAAAUGUUGCUCCUGUUCAGUAUCUGACCCUGAGGUGGUACAGAGGGCAGAGUGAAGUUUAUAACCACACCUACUCUGACCUCACAUCCUCCUCGCCUGUCCAAGUGUCCUCCAUCCUCGUCGUCACGCCGACCAGAGCCGAGAAUGGAGCGCAGUACAGGUGUGUGGCAGAGCUGGAGCUCGGACCAGAGGGACCACAACCACCUCCUACUGUGGCCUCCGAGCCUCUCAAUGCCUCUGUGUACUUUCCCCCAACAUUCCUCAGUCCUGAACCAGAAGUGCUGGAGCUCACAUUGGGCGUUGAAAUCUCCUUAAACUGCACUGCCACAGGAAAUCCCACCCCGGUGUACAGCUGGCAGUCGUCCCAUCCUACGCAGGAGAGGAUGGAGGACGAAGCAGUUCUUACCUUUUCCUCCCUGGUCCCGGGGACCUACAUCUGCACCGCCUCCAAUGCACUGGACAAGAAGAGCAAGCAGUUCAUUGUCAAGGCCAAGACUAAAGGCGUUUGAAACAAGUGAUCUUCAGAUGGGAUCGCAGGACCACAUUGGACAUACAAGGGGAUUUUACGGUUGCUGCUUUGGAGACAGGAAUGACAAUGCGUUUAUAUAACUCAACAGAUAUUUAUGAGGAUCUUGCUUUCAUCCAGAAUCAGAUCUCAUAAAGAAAAAGACCAGAAUAUACUUUAUUCCCCAUUUACUAUCUCAGUAUUUUAACAUGAAUUUAUUUUCAUCUUCAGUCUACUCUUAAUGCUCUCCAUGUGAUAUCCUGUAUCUAAUUUAUAUUUUUGCUUCACUUAUUUGCCCAAUAAUAGCAUUAUCAUGUAACACUAAAUAUUAGCAACACAUAAUAUAGCACUUAUGACUACAUUAUUGUUAAUGUAUGCUUGUAAAUGAAAUACUGCAACUUUAAUACUCAAUGUUAAAGAUCUGUACUGUAAAUAUGAACUGUUUCUUAAUUUGCUUAUCUUUAUGAAUAAAAUUUUAAUAAAAAAAUCACAUUAUUUA